UGUGGCUGUACAGUGUGUUUUUUGGGGGGAGGAGGAAACAGAAGGUGGGUAGAGCAUGGACUCCCGCCCGCUGAUCCGUGUUAGAGCCGCAGGAUGGUGAGGCAGUAGAAGGCAACAGCGAGGAUGGCGUCUCAGCUCAGUUACCUGCAGCGAGAGCUUCUUCGGGCUCUGUUAGAGUCUGGGGUGACAAAGGAGGCUCUGAAAAAAGCAUUGGCUGAUGGUGAAGAUUACACAUAUCCCAAUGUCCCUUUGGAUGAUAUUAGAAACCUGGACGAGGGAGAGAACUGUGUGCAACUACCUAAUGGGUUAGGGGAUCCUCAGAUAUCAGAAGAUGAAAGUUCUGAUGAUGGUGGGGACUUCACACCACCCAUUAUGAAAGAGUUAGAGAGGCUGAGCCCUGAAGAGGCUGCUCAUCAGAAGGCCGUGGUGGAACGUCUACUGCAAGAGGACCCAUGGCAUGUAGCCAAACUUAUAAAGUCAUAUUUGCAGCAGCACAACAUUCCACAGCGGGAAGUGGUCGACACCACAGGACUCAAUCAGUCCCACCUUUCACAGCACCUCAACAAGGGUACACCCAUGAAGACACAAAAGAGAGCAGCCCUGUAUACCUGGUAUGUGGGCAAGCAGCGAGACAUCGCCAAGCAGUUCACACAUGCAGGACAAGGUAUGCUAACAGAUGACAUGUCAUGUGAUGAGGCACCAAAUAAAAAGAUGAGAAGAAAUCGUUUCAAGUGGGGUCCUGCCUCACAGCAAAUCCUUUUCCAGGCUUAUGAGCGGCAGAAGAACCCUAGUAAGGAAGAGCGAGAGGCACUAGUAGAGGAAUGCAAUAGGGCAGAGUGUUUGCAGAGAGGGGUCUCACCUUCACAGGCUCAGGGUUUGGGCUCUAACCUGGUGACAGAAGUGCGUGUCUAUAAUUGGUUUGCCAACAGGCGUAAAGAGGAGGCAUUUAGACACAAGUUAGCAAUGGACACAUACAAUGGCCAGCAGAGUUCAGCACCACCUCUUUCAGUCCACGAUCUUCCCCAUGGCAAAGCACCUGGACUCAGAUACACUCAAGACUCUUCCACUGACAGGAGUGCUGCUAUGGUGAACAGUACUUUAUCUCCUUCAGCCCUAGAGCCCAGCAACAGCCUGAUGAACAGUGACAGUAAAAUGGUCCCAAUUUCUGGUGGCUCCCUACCACCAGUCAGUACACUAACUGCUUUGCACAGUGUGGAUCACAGUCAACACACACUUGGCCAAACACAGAACCUAAUCAUGGCUUCACUACCUAGCGUCAUGACAAUCGGCACUGAUACAGCACUUGGACCGGCAUUCAGCAAUCCAGGCUCCUCCACGCUGGUGAUUGGUCUUGCAUCACAAACACAAAGUGUACCAGUCAUUAACAGCGUUGGUAGCAGCUUGACCACACUGCAGUCUGUUCAGUUUUCACAGCAGCUGCACCCUUCCCAUCAGCAGCCAAUUGUACAGCAAGUACAAAGUCACAUGGCACAGAGUCCCUUUAUGGCCACAAUGGCCCAGCUGCAGCCACCUCAUGCUCUUUACAGCCAUAAGCCAGAGGUUGCCCAAUAUGCAUCUGCAGGCUUCUUUCCCCAAACCAUGGUCAUUACAGAUACAAGCAAUCUAGGUACCCUUACAAGUCUAACCCCUAGUAAACAGGUUGUCCCCCUCCAUCCUAUUGCACAGGGGGAUUCCCCAGGAUCCCAUCUCCAGGACUCCAGCAUUUUGCACCUUCAUCAUAGCCAUAGACUGUCCCCCAUACCCACUGUGUCCUCAGCCAGCUUGGCACAUUAUCAGAAUUCAAGUUCUCCAGAGAACCACAGUCACCUGCUGUCUCCUUCACACAGCACCAUUGACAGUUUCAUGUCCACCCAAAUGGCAUCUUCCUCACAGUGAGACAAUAUAUUGGACAAACAAAAACUGUGAUCAGUGGUCAGUUAUUUCUCAAGGGGUCAGUGGUGGAUUAAAGUACCAGAUGUCUUCUCUCCCUGAAUGACUUUGGAAGAAAAUGUUAGGUACCAGUGAGUACCACUGCUUUACUUUUAUAAGGAAAGCUCACUCUUUUAUGGCCAGUACAGCAACGUGCCACAAAGCACAACACAAACUUUUGCCAUAAUGUGUGCCACCAUUACCAUCUAUUCAUAAAAUACUAGGAAUGCAAGUGUCUACAGAAGGUAAUUUCCUUAGAAAAUGAUUGGACUAGUAUCAGGGUUUCAUUUUUCGACUAUUCCGUCCCCCAGUUCUUCACAAUGUGCCACAUCCACAUUCUGUUUCCUCUUCUUUUUUCGUUUUGCCUGCAGCUCAUUCUUUCCAGGUUCUAUAUGAAUUGCCUCUUCUUCUAGUUUUACCUCAGUUGUAUCACUUCUAUCUUUCUUUUUCUUCUUCCUUUUCUUUUUUUUCGGCUGAUUGUCACAGAUGUUGGAAGGUGUGCUCUGAGGCUCAUGCUGCAGUGCACUAUGUCUGAGUAUGUCAUCAGCUGAGACUGCUGCCUCCCGACACCUUUGCUGCUGCUCUUCUUCACUGUCCUCACUAAGAAAUAUGCAUUACAUAUGCAGGUAUCAUAAAAAUCACUAAUCCAAGCAGGACAUCAACACAGUCACACUAUUUUGGAUAUUCCACCAUCUGCAGCCCUCCUUCUUCUCAUUAAGAAUACUAUUCAAACCUACCUGCUAGAAGAAGCCAUUUUUUUUCUGGGAAUUAUAGAUGAUGUUACGGUUACAGCCUCCCUGGGAAGAGAUGUACGAAACAAGCGGAAACCUGAAAAAACAAAGUAACAGGCCAGUAAUCCGUGUGGCAUGUAAAAUGGCUGCUGUAAGUGGUUCUUAGCAGUCACAUAAUACUCAGCUGCUUAUAACAACACCAUCAAAAGGUUAUGUUUGUGUAGAGCCAUAGUAAUUUUUUAAGCAGAUAUGCAUGUAUUAAACAGAAUCAUAAUUAUUGGAUUGGAAAGGGAAGGAAUCAUAGGUAGUACUGGAGAUGGAAAUAACACAUUUAAAUAUUGUGUGCAACUGGCAGAUAUUCAAAAUGUGAUCCCUUACAACACACAUUUUUAAAAACCUUUCUCAGGCCUUAACAACUAAGCAUAUUUUAUAGAUAUCCAUAAAGCAGCACAGGUGGAUCUGCUGGAACUUCCUAAGCACUUAAUGAUCUCAUAUUUCUGUGUGGGUAGCCUCAAAAGCACUGGCAGGUCUAAAGGCCAAUUUGGAUAACCAGGGCUUUGAUUUAUUGUUAUUGCUUUUUUGUUUUGUUUUUUUUAUUUCCCCAAAAGAGAAAAAUCUAGCCAUAAAAGAUAAAAAACAUGUACAGCUCUUAUUCUGCAGGACAGAAAUAAAGCUUACAAAAGAAUUCUGCUUUGACAAGUACACUUAUACUCCCACUAAUGCAAUCAGCUCCCACUAAGGGCUUAUGCACAUCUGGGAGAGGACCUCAUCUGUGGCCUAGUGUGGUCCCUGCCAGAUGGGAUUUUUCUCACCUGUCCAAACGAUACCUAGCAGAUAUUCCACCAAAUAUCAGUUUGAGAAGUCAUAAUUUUUACCUUAUAGACUCCCAAGCCAUUAGACAAUAUUAGUCCACGUGUGGCCAAUGUUAGCAAAUUUGAAUACUUCUGCAUAGACAUAAUUUAAGGGCUUAUAUUAAUGGGCCUAUACAUGUGUGACUGCUGUGUAGUGUAGUUUUAUGCCACAAGACAAACAACUGUUAAUGUGCGUUUAUUUUUAAAUCUGUCCUGUGGGUCUGUACCCACAGAGCAAACACCAACACUGAAUGCAUUAUAUACUGAUCAAAACUUUUUUGCCUUCAGAGUGGGUGGGUAUUCCCUAGGGUACAGACCCUCAGGUCAGAACAGAUUAGAUAAUGUGUUACCCCUGUGUGUAUGUACCAAUAUAACCUCUCUAUAGGCAAAAGCAAAAUCAAUGCUCUGUUGCUGUUCUGCUAUGUAUUUGCCAAUACAUGCUGUUUUGGCUAGCAUGGUUCUUAAAACUGACAAAAUCCAAAACAAAAUGUGCAUUACUAUGUAUCAGUAUUAACUUAAUAGAAGCUACUCGGAAACAAUAUAUUAUUUAUCCAUCUCCUUAAAUAUACAUAAUAGCUAUCUGCAUAGAAAUAAUGUGGCAAUUACAGUUUUUGUACCCAUGUUGUUCAUUAAAAUACAUAUAUUAUGUAUGCUCCCAUAAAA